AUGUCUUUGUUUAGAGCGGUGCAGGAUAUGCGGGAGCAGUUUUGGGCUGAGAUAUUCAGGCUUGGCAGUGAUGAGGAUUAUGAAGAUACGCAUGUGGACUCGGUGGAAGAUGCGAAGAGUGUCAAGAAGACACCAUCGCCGUAUGUUCACAAGGCCUCACAGCCUGAUCCUAACCAUCCUGUCGCGAAUAUCGACAAUCGUAUACUGCGACUCCCGACAGAACUACAACUCAUGAUUCUUCAGCACCUCACAUUCGGCGAAGUCGAGUCCCUACGACGAACAUGUCGACCCUUGAGAAACAGGAUCAACAAACCCUUCAUCCGCGAGGUCUUUCCAUGCUUAAAAUUCCAGCUGCUGUCAACAUGCUUCCGCUGUCUUCGCUACGACCAAGUGAGAGACCAUCUCAUCCACGCCGGAGAAUCCGACGCGCGAUACCCGCUUGCCAACGAAUGUCUUGACUGCGUCUCUUCAAGAGGGGGUUUCGUCGUGGGUCGCACGUACACGCUCGGGACGUUCGCAACGGUUUGCGUGUGCCGAUACUGUGGAUUUCCUGUUACGAAUGAUGCUGCGUGGAAGGGGUAUGAAUUCCAUCGGGUGUGCUACAGGAGAUAUCGCGUUAUUCUCCUUUACUAUUUUCUUGUCGGGUGUGCGCAGUGUACAAUUACUAUCGUGGCUGCGGCGUUGUGUUGGAGGUACUAUAAGGGGAACCGACAGGUUAUUGUGCCUUCAAUAGUAAACUUUCUCAUGGCGUGUUGGGUGUUUUGCUUGAACAUGGUAAGGGGUACGGAGUUAAGGACGUAUCACUGGGCUCUACUCCUUGAGCUGGGUAUCCUGGGACUUUGGAUUCCCCCCCUCCUCGCCAUUCUCAACAUAAUGGAAAAAAGGCCAGAAGGCCCUGAGAAAAAGGACACUGCAACCGUGUUCUUCAUCACUUGCAACAUCAUAUUCCGCUUCAUCAACAUCCUGGGAAACAUUCUCCUUGCAGCCGAGUACAAGCUCUGGCGUCGUUUCAGACCCGACCAAUCGAUACUGCGUCGAGUUCUCAACAAAGGAGCGGCGUUCCUGAUCUUCUGGGCGUAUCCACCGAGUAUUGAGCAGAAGUUCCCAGGGAAAUGGUGGCUUACGAAAGGAUCUGCUAAGACAGCCGGUGUUUAG